AUGAACAAAAAACAAAUAGAAUUAAUUGAAUUUUGGAGUAGAAGUCCAAAACCACCAACGAACGUUUUAUCACCACGUGAGAAUCAACAACAAAUUCAUUCUCCAUCAUCAUAUACACCCGACUCUAUUCCUUCAUGUAUAUUUGACGAACCAGAAAAUGAAAUUGAAAUUAUUGCAUGUGAAUCUCCAUGUUCAUUAUCAAACGUUGCUGAUAUUCAACACGUGUCUUCUUCCAUUGAAUACGAAACUUCUAACAAGUCAAAUUUAAACAAAAAAUCAAGUACUAAAAUUCGUCGUAAUUAUCUUCCCGAUUGGGAAAAGCAACCAGAUGCUAUGUACAAAACUUAUUCAUAUGAUCAAUUUGGUAAACGACAUGAGAAACUUUUAUCGUGGUUGUAUUUCAAGGACAAUGCAAUGCGAUGUUCUUUAUGUGAAAAACAUGGUCAUAGACAAAAUUACAAUGGUGAGUUAAAUAUUUUAUGCAUUUCACAGAACCCAGGUCGUUCAAUCCCAGUAUAG